AUGAAUAAUAAAGAAUAUGUGCCAAAUGCUAUGGAAAAAAGACAGGAGAUGCAAGAAAGUAAGCACACUGGAAACAGCACAAAUGUCGUGCCUGCUGAAUCAAAUUGUGUACAUGUUUCUGACAUAUCAGCACAUCAAAGUGCAAGAACUAUUAAAGUAAUUUCAUCUAAACGAAUUACUGAUAAAUAUACAAAUGAUUGUGCAGCUAAAAAACAAAAGAGUACGAUCAUUCCUGAACAAUGCUUGCAUAUCUCUCAAAUGGAAACUCCUUUGAAUGGAACUUCUACAACAGAAGACAGUCCACUCGAAGAAAUAAAAGUUCUUCACGGAAAAAUUAAAAAACUUUCGCGUCAAACGUAUUUUAAUAUUGCCCUAUCUUCAUCGCUUAGAAAUUGGAUAUCAUCUGUUAAUACAAAACCUGGAUUUCAAUGCGACGUUUUUACUGAGCUGAGCAACCGUCCAUUAAAAGACCGAGACUGUAAUCUUGUUCUGGAUGGUAUGGCGAUAAGGAAACGGAUAAUGUGGGAUUCACGAAAGCAUCGCUAUUUAGGGUAUUGCGAUUACGUAAAUUCCGUUUCUUUAGAAGAUUCAGACACCGAAGCAAGUGAAGCACUUGUGUUCAUGUUAGUUUGUUUAAAUGGAUUGAAAGUAUGGUCGGUAACAUGUGAUGGUACUAGCAUAAACUUUAGUAUGUUUCAGAGUUUAGGAUGUGAUCUUUAUGUUAGUUACGAAACGAUUCAAUGCCAAUUUAAACAUCCUAGUGCUGAUUAUAACGUGCAACAGCAAACUGUUUUGCUGUAG